AUGGCUUCCAUGGAUACAACUAUGGACGGUGCCGAUGGGCCCAAGAAAAUCUUGUACAACAUGCCACCAGAAAUGGUGAGUGGUGAAAAUAAAGAGGAAGAGGUGCUUCCGGCCAUGCCCGACAAGGAGGCACCUGAGGCAGGUACUCCACCACCUGCACCUGGGGUGGACUAUGGGGACUCUUUACGACCGAUUGCUCUGCAUUUAGAAGGCGAGCCUAUCAGUCAAUUGUCUACGUCUAGGUUAAUGGCUUACGUUGGUCAUACAGGCGUCAAAGCAAAAGGAAUCGAAUGGAUCAAUGACACGCGAUGCGUGGUUGUUUUUGAGUCUUAUGCCGAGGCUGUCAAUGGUCUUCAACGGCUUUUAUUGUACGAAGAAGACUAUAUAUUACCUGAAGAAGGCCAUAUCCACGAGCACAAGGAAAUUCUAUUGCUUCCACGCCUAGUCAUGUCCUUUCCCCGUUCUCUGUACACCACCGUGGAGGAACAAGCUGCCUCCAGCCUCCCUGAACUACAGACGAAGAUCACUGAGAAGAAGAAAGAGAUGGAACUAGCAUCUGAUCCAGCCCCGCAAAUAUAUCGCGACAUGGAGCUGGAAGAAUUUGAGCGUAGUAUUUUAUCUCCUGAUCAUUUACGCGUCAAGAAGCUCAGGCAGCCGCUCUGGGUUCGAUUUGCCCUACAUAACCAUGAUACCAAGGCAGAAAGAUCCGCGCAAAAGAGCAAUUGGUACCGACAACAUGGACGGGGCGCAGGCAAGGAGGUCGUGUCGCGGCUUCUAAAGGUGGGCGACGUUGCUUCUUCAAGGCGCGAGCGACGCCAUCGCUCUGGCCCAUCCGAAUCUCAACGUCGAUCUACAGACACAGACACAGACUAUACACCUCUCUCCCUGUUAGACCGUAUUGGUGGUCGCCCUGGUCGUGAUUGGGAGGAUGACGAAUCGUUGCGAUUUACGCGUGAUCGUUCCGCUUCACCUGAGCGGGCUGAUAAGGGCAUGAACAUUCGUGGUCGAGGCUCUGUGCGUGCGCCUCGAUCCACCAUGGCCCGAUGGGACGAGGACAGCGGCUCGUCGCGCUAG